AUGGAACAGCAGAACCAGGAUCCGUCACACAACUCGGGGCAAAGUCCUAGUCAUAUUCUUCGUGAGAACCAUUCCCAGAACACGGGUGAAGACCGAAACGGCACCUCUUCAAUUCCUGAAAGAUAUACUGAAGACCCCGACUACUACAAAAACUUCCUCGAUCAACUUCUAAGCUUGGUUUGCAAUAGGGACCAAGCUACUGUAUCGCGAAUGGUCUCUAUCAUCCGUUCUGGUGCCUCACACCUGGAGAUUCUUGCAGCCAUGUCUCAAAUGCAAGUAGAGAACAACCAUACUGGCCAGGAUGGACAUGCAGGGGUCUAUGAUCAAAACAAGGAUGAUAGGUAG